AUGGUCAAAAACGGAUCCUACUUUGACUUCAUCAUCGUCGGCGGGGGCACCGCCGGCAACACCGUCGCGGGGCGUCUCGCGGAGAACCCCAAUGUCACCGUCCUCAUUGUCGAGGCGGGCAUCGGCAACCCCCAGGAGGUGCCCGAGAUCACGACGCCCUCAUCCGCCAUGGACCUCCGCGGCAGCAAGCACGACUGGGCGUACAAGACCACCCUGGUCAAGCGCGAGGACUACGAGCGCGUGGAGAAACCCAACACCCGCGGCAAGGCCCUCGGGGGCAGCUCGUCGCUCAACUACUUCACCUGGGUGCCCGGCUGCAAGCCCACCUUCGACCGGUGGGAGGAGUACGGGGGCAAGGAGUGGACCUGGGAUCCGCUGCUGCCCUACCUCCGCAAGAGUGCCACCUACCACGACGACCCGGCCCUGUACCCCUCGGGGCUGUCCCAGAUCGGGGCGGGGGGCCCCAUCCACAUCUCCCACGCCGAGCUGCUGGACGAGAUGCAGCCAUUCCGCGAGGCCCUCACCAAGGCCUGGACGUCCCGCGGCCACCCGCUGACGGAGAACAUCUACGACGGCGAGAUGAUCGGACUGACCCACUGCUGCGACACCAUCUACCGGGGCACGCGCUCGGGCAGCUUCCUGUUCGUGCAGGACAAGCCCAACAUCACCAUCCUCCCGCAGGUGCACUCCCAGCGCCUCCUCAUCGACGGCGCCGAGCGCGUCUGCCAGGGCGUCACGGUCGUCGACGCCGCGGGCCAGGAGCUGAGCUUCUACGCCAGCCGCGAGGUGAUCCUGUCGCAGGGCGUCUUCGAGACCCCCAAGCUGCUCAUGCUCAGCGGCAUCGGCCCCGCCCGCGAGCUGGCCAAGCACCGCAUCGACACCCUGGUGGACUCGCGGCACGUCGGGCAACACCUCCUCGACCACCCGGGGGUGCCGUUCGUGCUGCGCGUCCAGGAUGGCUACGGCAUGGAGGAUCAUCUCUUGCGCCAGGGCCCCACGCGCGACGCGGUCGUGGCGGCGUACCAGCGAGACCGGACGGGCCCGCUGGGCUCGGGGCUGCUGGAAAUGGUGGGAUUCCCACGCAUCGACCCCUAUCUGGAGACGGACGGGGAGUACCGGCGGGCCAAGGCGGCCAACGGGGGCCAGGACCCCUUCUGCCCCGACGGGCAGCCGCACUUCGAGCUCGACUUCGUGUGCAUGUUCGGCAGUGCGUUCCAGUGGCACUUCCCCGUGCCCAAGCAGGGCCACUACCUCACGGUGGUGGUGGAUCUGGUGCGGCCGGUGUCCGAGCCCGGCGAGGUGACGCUGCACAGCGCCGACCCGUUCAUGCAGCCCAACAUCAACCUCAACUUCUUCGCCAACGACCUGGACAUCAUCGCCAUGCGGGAGGGCAUCCGCUUCAGCUACGACGUGCUGACCAAGGGCGAGGGCUUCCGGGACCUGGUGGUGGGCGAGUACCCGUGGGAGAUGCCCCUGGACUCGGACGCGGAGAUGCACCGGGCGGUGCUGGACCGCUGCCAGACGGCCUUCCACCCCUGCGGCACGGCGCGUCUCUCCCAGAGCAUCGAGCAGGGCGUCGUGGACCCGCGCCUGCGCGUGCACGGGGUGCAGCGCCUGCGCGUGGCGGACGCCUCGGUGAUGCCGGUGAUCCCCGACUGCCGCAUCCAGAACUCGGUGUACAUGGUGGGCGAGAAGUGUGCGGACAUGGUGAAGGCGGAUCACCCGGACCUGUACCAGUAGGAGGCCAGUCGGAUGCUAGUAGCAUCAUGGUAUCCCAGUGGGAGUUAGUACUCAAUACUCCGUACCCUAACACGAGAUUCUUCCUUUGUUUCGCUUGGCGUGUCACCGUUCCCCACUUCCCCGGCAGGAGUCCAUGUACCUC